GAUUCCUACCGGAAUGAAAUUGUAAACACCUAAAUAUUAGCCUCAUCCAAAACUUAUGUGACCCGAGGAAUAUUUCAACGGUGAGUAUUCAAUCGCGACUGUUUCUAUCACUUCUGUGUUUGUGUCGCAAAAUGAUCCGGAAAAACGGAUGGACGGGGUGGAUUUCUCACAGACAUUAUAGUGGACUCCAUGUAGCUUUCUCUCGCAGGAAGUAGGUGGGAAAGGCUUCGGGGGCAAUCCGCGUCCGAGGAUCUUGCCGACGGCCUUUAUACAUUUCGACUCCUUGGCGGGUGCGGAAGACAGAGAGAGAGAGUAGAACAUCCGUUCCAUUUGGUUAUUGUUGGAGAGAGAGAUGUACUCGUGCAAGGGAAUGAUUGUUGUGUUAGUUGUGGCGAUUGUAGCGGUAUCAAGUGUAGACUCUGUUUCUGCCGUCAACUCGGUGUCCGCUUUGGUACAAAACGUCAUUUACUCCAACAAGAUCGCCAUCUUCUCCAAAUCCUACUGCCCGUAUUCCCUACGUGCUAAACGUGUGUUCAGUGAACUAUCUGAGAAACCUUUUGUCGUGGAGCUUGACCUUCGAGAUGAUGGAUCUGAAAUUCAGAGCAUUCUUCUAGAUCUAGUGGGCAGAGGGACUGUGCCUCAAGUUUUUGUGAACGGAAAGCAUAUUGGUGGCUCAGACGAUACACUAGAAGCAGUUGGAAAUGGGCAGCUUCAGAAACUUCUCGGUAAAACUCGGUGAUGCACAUGAUGCAAAAUAUUUGCAUCUUGGCAUGAUCCAGUAAUGUCUUAGCAUUAAUGAUUUCAGAAACUAAAUUGUCAUUUCUAGAAGAUGUCCAUAAUGAAUGUUCACAAGAGAUAGUUAAUCCAUGAUGAAUGUUGUUUACCAUUGAUUGAUCAUUCUGACACUGUAAAUGUUCAUUAUGCUGUUCCCAAAUAGGCGAAAGAUUCCUCAUCUUAAGAGUAAGAUUGGAAACAUUAAAUUGCACUCUUAAGUUGCAAAUCUUUUGUUGAAUUUAGGUGAGUUAAUAUGAAUUUUCUUGUUGCUUGUUUCCAAGUCACACAAACAAAUCAUGGAAAAUUUCAUUUUGUAUAAUCAGAUGCAUGUUUUAGUAGUGCC